GCCCGCUAUGUGGUAUACUUGUCUAGAAUUAAUUAUAAAUUAAUCCAUAAGCCAGGAACUUCUAUCAGAAAAGUGGAUGUUUUAUCCAAGAGAGAAGAUCACGCCAACAGCAUCAAAGAUGAUAACAAAGGUGUUACCCUCAUAGAUCAAUCCAGUGUUUCCAAUGUUAGGAUUAGGCAGGGUCACAAUUUAUUAAGAACAAAGCUUGAAGGAAGUGUCUAG